UGUGAUCGACAGAGAGGAGAGGACGUACUGUCAAAUGGAGGGAGGGGCAGUGAGGAGGGAGCUUGCUUGCUGAGGGGGAAGCUGAGUUAUUGUGUGGAACUCAACUCUGUUUGUGCCGUCUGCAGAACUGCCUGUGUGUGUCUAGCCCACUUGACUGCUGCGGAGCCCGUGCACCACGACAAGGAAAAGCUUCAUCCCGCUGACUCUGUGUGUGUGUGUGUGUGUUUGUGAGCGAGAGAGCGAGAGAGCGAGAGAGACAGUGUGUGUUUGUGAGUGCCCGCGUCAGGACUAGGAGGACGUGAGAGACCGAGUAUAGGAGAGGGAGGAAGGGAGGGAGGGAGGGAGAGCCUCACUGCAGAGAGGUGUAAUGCUGAAGUGGUGCUCGGAGACAGCGGCUGCUCUUCUCUGGCACUAGCGGAACAGCCGGUGCUAUCAGGAGAGCGGGGAGCGGGCAGUGCCACGGCCCCGCGCCCCCCUCACCGGCGGCAUGGGGGUACUGGUCUGCUGCGACUGCUUCUUCUAUAGGAAGUCGAAGACAAAGCCCAAUGGCAAGAAGCCACCCGCGGAGGAGAAGAAGCACUACCUGGAGCCGGAGUACACGAAGGUGCGGGUGGUGGACUUCGACCUGAAGGAGUUGGUGGUGUUGCCCCCGGAGAUCGACCUCAACGAAUGGCUCGCCAGCAACACAACAACCUUCUUCAAUCUCAUCAACCUGCAGUACAGUACAAUCUCAGAGUUCUGCACUGGGGACACGUGUCAGGCCAUGACGGCUGCAUGCAAUACAAUACUCUUAUGGCAAGAUGAAAAGGGUAAGAAGAUUAAAUGCACAGCUCCUCAGUACGUCGACUUCGUCAUGAGUUCGGUUCAAAAAAUUGUGACCGAUGAAGACAUCUUCCCUACAAAAUACGGUAAGGAGUUCCCAAACACGUUUGAAACACUAGUGAAGAAGAUCUGCCGGUUCCUGUUCCACGUGCUGGCACACAUCUACUGGGCGCACUUUAAGGAGACCGUGGCUCUGGAUCUGCAGGGUCACUUGAACACUCUCUACGCACAUUUCAUCGUCUUUAUCCGGGUGUUUAACCUGGUCGACCCCAAGGAGAUCUGCAUAAUGGACGACCUGUCGGAGGUCCUGUGCAACCCCCCGCCCCCCUCCCCCACCGCACAGAAUCACGUGACGGAGAGAUGAGUGCUCCCGGGGUGUGACGUUACCCCAGCUAGAAGCAGGACGAGACGAGAGCCUUGAACCCACCCCCCCAUACAUCCCAACCCCAUCGCACCCCAGCCCAAGGCCUGGAUGCCUUUAAGGGGCUAAGAGACCUCACACACAUGCAUACACAAACUCACACGCACUCACUCCCUGAUCAUUCUUCCAUUGGAGUGGUCAGAGGUGUGGGUGUGGGGUGGGUGGGGGGAUGGGGAUGGGGAGGAGGUAUAGCUGAUGGGGAGACUGGUUUGCCCCAUCCCACCCCUCACCAUUGCAGUAGACAAACUAGGAGAGGUGUGUAUUGUGUUUUUAUUGUUUUGCUUUUAUUUGUUGGAAUUUUUUUGUUGUGGUUUUUAAGAUUUUAUUUUACACAUGGAGGCUAUUUUGUUUAAUAUGUUUUUUUUUGCUGGGGGGUGGGGGUGGGGGUGGGGGUCGUGUUCCCCUCCCCUCUUCACUGGCUUAACAUAACUGUAGUGGCGCUGUUUCACUGUUUUACUGAAGAUGGUGUGCACAGCCUAAACUUGUAAUAGCCACUAGCUCCCCCUUGUGGUGGGAGUACUUUAGGGAGCAGGUGCUUCUCCCGUCCAUCCAGUGGCCCAGCCUAGAAGCAUGGAGCGCUGAUGUCUAACGCGCGUUAUAUAAUUUAAACUGUCUGAUGCCUGGGAUGAUCAAAGCGUUCUUUACUCAGGACCUAAAAGAACAUGUCACUGCUGCCAGAGAGAGAAUGGUGUCUCUCUCUCUUUCUGUCUCUCUCUCUCUCUUUCUCUGUCUAUUACAUUCUACAACGCUCUCAGUACCUUAAUCUGCAUUCUCAUUGUAUAGUGCUACAUUUAAAAGCCUACCUGACAGUCUCUAUGUAAAACUCUUCACAUACUCAGUAUUGGGUGUACACACCCAGGCCAAGAGACAGGCUGAGGGGAACACGCAGCAACAACAAGGUCAUAGAGAAUAUCAUACCCAUGCGUAUUUAAUCGGUGCAGUCACCUUACGGGGGCCUUUCCCCCACCUGGUGGUCAGUGAUGCACGAGCAGGACGGGAGGUUUUGCUGGGGUGUGUGUGUGUGUGUGUGUGUGUGAGUGUGUGUGUGUGUGUGUGUGUGUAUGGGGGGGUGGGGGGUGGCUAUAUCUUUUCUGGGGGCUUGCUGGGACAAGGACAUGUCUGAUGUCUGCUUGCCCACUAAGGUAGACGUGCGCUAGAGACGGAGGCCCGAGCGUCACUGGGUGGCGAUCAACGUGCUGAUUUGCGUCGUACCGAGGAUCCCAAAUGCCUCCAAUGUAACAGCCCUUUUCUCUUUUUUUGUUUUCUGUUCAUUUACCUGUUUUAAAUGCUUUUUUAAAUAUCAAGAGAGGUCAUGAUAAUGGCACCGUAUGAGCAUGUAAGAUGCACAUGUCAUUGCAAGUUGGUUGUGUCAGAACUUUGCCUCUGUCAAAAGGGGGAUUGGAUUUAUAUUUUAUUUAUUUUGGUCUUCUUAUUUGCAGGGUUCUUCAGUUCUGGCUUUCCUUUUAUCUAUUUUAAUUAUUAUCUUAAGUUAAAAGCAAUUUAAUAUUUUAAGUUCUGCAAAUUAUAAUCUAAUAAAAGACAAAAAUGCCA